AUGCUAACUUUGAAACCCUUUGUUCCUGUAACAAUAAAGCCUCGUUUUUUACACAACAUUCGGCAUCAUCAUGUCCAUUUCUGCAAACCUCCAUUAAAGCUCAAAAAGACCUAUGCACAAAACAACGGCAACGAAUCGGCCAAGGAGUCGUCUUCUAGUGGUGGAAACAGACCGGUUAGUAACGAUGAUGGCGAUGGUCCGAAGAAAGACUGGUUUGGUGGUUUCAGUUUCAAAUGGGGAGAUUUGUUGAAUCCGGAUCCAGAUAACUUUGUUGCUGUUGGAUUAGCUGCAGUAUUGACUUGGGCUAGUCUCCAAGUCUUGUCACAGCUUUUCUUUAUCUCUUUUGCUAUACUUGUCGCUGCUCUUAAGUAUUCUUUUAUCGCUGCAUUACUCAUUUUCAUUCUCGUCACUCUCCUCUAA